AAACAAUCGCACUGUUUGUUUAACGAGUAAGAAUAAAACUCACAUGACCUAUUAAAUUUGCUCUUUCACGAUGGGAAGGAACAAAUAGUACCACAGAGUUGAUGGCUCAAGAACAAACAAACGAAAAUAAUUAUGUUCAUUACUUCAAAACCGCGGUUGCUCUCGCGUGCAUAAGAUCUAAACCACCCGGAGUGUCCAGCCGGGAAUAUGCAGAGAACUUGUGUGCACAGUACCGUGCUGCUGGGGAUCGAUGGAAACAAAAGUAUGAGGAAGCAGAGAGGACUAUCCUUAGGCUUAAACAAACUCAGGAACUGCAAUCAAGUUUAAACUUCUCUGACUUGGCAGAUUUGCUCCCUUUUGUAUCCUUCAACAAUGGACCAUCACAGAUCCAGAGUGAAGAACCAAUGCAGGUAGAUGUGGACCGAAGUGCCAACCAGAUAAAACAAAACACUGACUUCCUAAAAAGUUUCCUUAUGUUGAAGCAACUAAAGAGAGAGCUACCCCACAAAAUAACAGUGGAUAACACAGUACAUUCCACACUUCUGGAUUCCUUGUACUUGGUCACCAAAAGUAUAUACCAAGAGGAAGGGGUGUCAAUUCCAAUCAUCAGAAGCUCCUUUCAAGUCAUCAGUCACCUGAGCGCUGUCAUGAACAAAAAUUUCCCUCUGGUGGAAAUUCAGAAAUUGGUGCAAACAGUAUUAGAAAGGGCUUUAGAGAGCAAAACAUUUGAGAGAAAACAGCGCAAAGAAUUGAUUCUCUCCCUUAACGAGUUCCUUACUCCUCAAACGAGGCACAUAGUCUUGGACUCUUCAUUAGCAGCUGUUGAGAGUUUUUCGGCACAUUUACGGACAGUGAAUGAAAGUGAGACUCCCCUGAACACUCAGAAGUACGAAAACAUCUACUAUGUGUUUGACCUGCUUCAGAUCGUUCUCGAAAACUACCCAAGUCAAAGUGAUAACUCUCAAAAAAUAAAUUUUAGCCAUGAUGCCGACAUUCAAACUUUAGAGAUUUUGAAUCAGGUUGCUGAAAGACUGGAUAAAUGUGUGCUUUAUAUCUCAGACAUUUUCCCUCUUUUUGUGUGCAAAAUUUGGCUUAUAAAAGAUAAUUUCUUGUUAAACUUGAGAUAAAUUUCUUGUUAAACUCGAGAUAAAUAUAUACAUCGCAUAAUGUCAGAAUAAUAUUGUUCUUGCUUAUAAGAUAAUGAGCACAAAAUAUCACAACACUGAUAAUUACCAAUGGACAAC